AAUUACUUCUGGGAGGCUACUGAAAGCAGGAGAAACCUGAUUCCGUCUCCUUAAAGAGCUCAGACCAAGAACCACACACAAACACACACUCAUAGACACACAAAUGCUCUCUAUAUUUUCCACCUCUAAAACAGAAGGAUAGAUAGGUGACUCAGAAUAUGAAUUACAAGCUGUAGUAAGGCUAGAAAAGGUAUUGUCCUUUCUCUACUAGGCACCAUUACCUAGCAGGACCUCUAUGACCUCAUGCUGCAGUAGCUCAGAGCCCAAGGCCUGGGGGCUCACCUCCCUGGGCAGCUUGGGGUUUCUGCAGCAGCCACUGCCCUGCCCCAUCCCUCCCACACCCCACCAUGUUGGUUGGUACCCCCCACCUGUUAACACUGGAUGAAGCCGAUGCCACUUGGACCCUCAUCAAGGAUAAGGUUAUCGAGGAGCGCUUUGGGUCCAACGUAGUGGCAGUACCUUUCCUGUCGGAUGCAGCCUGCUAUGACCUACUGGGUGUGCUAGUGAAACAGUCCCGCCCUGCCCACACCCGCCUCACUUUACCAGGUCGGCAGGGCCGGAGAGCACUGAAACCAGUGGGGCCGCUACCAAACCUCCUGGAGCAGACAGGGUCCGAGGAUAACUUUGCCCACUGCACUCGGGAAUACUCACCAAAUGGCCGAGCAGAGAUAGCCUAUGAAGAGAUGAGACUGUUGGAUGGGCAGCCCUGCCGGAUCCGCCUACAUAUGGGUGGCCUGCGCAAGAAGGUAGCCUUCCUGUUGCUGCCACCAGGGCAGGUGAGCCUACAGCAGACUCUUCCCUGGCUCCGAAGCACCCACAGCAUCUAUGUCAUCUACCAGGUCUUCUCCUGCUCCUGGCUGCAGCUGGGUCUAAUGCCAACAGCCCGUGAACCCCAGCUGCUCCGGCUACAGCGGUCACUGCCUAUUGCCUUCUCCUGCCUCAAGUUUUCACUGCAGCCCAAGGGUGUACUGGGACCACAGAAGCCUCUGACCAAAGACCCAGUGCUCCAUGGAGCCAACUGGGUCAGACCAAACCUCAGCAUCACACCUCUGGCCCCUACAUCAGCACCUGCUGAUAUCCCUGAAGCUGCUGAUGUGCCCCAACCUGUCCCUGCCCCACCUACACCACCUCCCCAGGAAGGGCCAGAGGGAAGACCUACCAGAUUCUCCUACAAGGGCCGAAAUCCCUUCCGGAGGGGACCCCAGAUGCUGUCAGAAAACUGGCUCUUCAGCCCCCGCAGCCCCCCACCAGGAGCCCAGGGUGGGGGCCCCGGGGACCCCGACCGGCACUCCAUGUCCCUGCCCCUGCUGCAGGGUCUGUCCUCGGAGUUCGACAGCGACGAGUGAAGCUGAAGCAAGAGAUGCAGGGGGCGAGGCCCCCAACAUCUGGCAUAGGGAUACUGGUCCCCAAUAAACAUCAGCUGCUGCUCCCCCAAA